GCGCGUAAAAGAGAGUGGCUCGCCGCGCCCCUUUCCUCCUCAGUUGCCACCAGCCAUUGCCGGGGUGGCUUCCUGCUUACUCGCCUCUCCUCCUUUCCGUUGCUGCCUUUGCAGAACCUUUCCGAGGGCGCAGUUUUCGAGGCGGCGGCGGCGGCAGCAGCAGCAGGAGGAUUCCUUUUCCUCACGCACAUACAGAGCUACAGACCCUUCCCUCCCCACCUCGCUUCGGUCGCCAUGAAUCCCAGCUGUGCCCGCUGCGGCAAAAUCGUCUACCCAACCGAGAAGGUGAACUGCCUUGACAAGUACUGGCAUAAAGCAUGUUUUCAUUGCGAAGUCUGCAAGAUGACUCUCAACAUGAAAAACUACAAGGGCUAUGGGAAGAAGCCAUACUGCAAUGCACAUUAUCCAAAGCAGUCCUUCACUAUGGUGGCUGACACUCCAGAGAACCUGCGCCUUAAGCAGCAGAGUGAACUUCAAAGUCAAGUCCGCUAUAAGGAGGAAUUUGAAAAGAAUAAAGGGAAGGGCUUUAGUGUGGUGGCUGACACACCUGAAUUACAGCGAAUCAAGAAAACUCAAGAUCAGAUCAGCAAUAUUAAAUAUCAUGAGGAAUUUGAGAAGAGUAAGAUGGGUGCUCCUGGAAUGGAGGGAGGGGAGCUGGAACGCCGUAAUUCUCAAGAAGGUGCCAAUUACAGGAGACCAGUUGAACAGCCACCUCCAUCACAUCAACAACCUCAUCAUGCCCAGCCAAGUAACCCUGUUUAUCAUCAGCAGCCAUCACAACAACCAGCCUCUCAGUCCUAUGUCUUUAAGGAACCAGCAGCACCAGUCUCAAUACAGCGUAGUGCCCCAAGUGGAGGAGGAAAACGGUUCCGUGCAGUCUAUGAUUACAGUGCAGCCGAUGAAGAUGAGGUCUCCUUCCAGGAUGGUGAUACCAUAAUCAAUGUGCAGCAAAUUGACGAUGGCUGGAUGUAUGGCACCGUUGAACGGACCGGUGACACAGGCAUGCUUCCAGCUAACUAUGUGGAGGCUAUAUGAGCUCUGUUGUAGUGCUACCCUGAAAGCCAGCAGGGCAAGGGCUCUUUGGGGUUUUUGUUCCCUUAUCACUUCUUUGCUCUCUCUUGUUACCCAUCAUUUAUUAUGUUAUGAAUCUUUGACAUGCUCAUCUUUUUCUCGACCAAAUUAGCCUUGAUUUGGAGGCAUACGAACUUGGGAGGGGUAUCAUGUAAUUGCCCUUCCAUCCUUUUCCUCGGCCUUCGUGGAACAUAGCACUGUGCCCUUCUCCUCCCUCUCCUUGGAGCUAUAUUUUCUGAAAUUGAUACUUAAUGAAAUAAAUCCUACUUCAAUUGCUACAUGGAUUAGGAAGUAGUGUAAGAAGGCUGAAAAGCUGUUUAUUUGGCUGGUGGGGAAGGAGAGGAAUGUCACACUUUCAGUAACUUGGGGAAAAUCUGAGCAUUUUAUU